CUUCGGUGUCUACCUGGAUCUCUCUAGUUUAAUUCGGAUAUGGAGGGAUUAUUGCAGUUUUGGUGGAUAUGUUGGUGGAUCUUGGAUCACGGGGGAAUCAAGCUGGGUAUAAAGAGGGAUUGGGAGUGGUCGGUUUUCUUUACUUCGAUCUCUGCUUUCUUUGUUUCUGCUUUAGCUCUCGUUUUUUCCAAGUUUCUGUUUUUUUGAGUGAGUGUUGCUGGGUCGUGAUGUCUCAAGCUGGUCUUUUGGGGAAGAGUUCGGCAGGGCAGAUGGAGGGAUUUGUUCAGCCAAGGCGCAAGAUCAAAAUCUCCUACUUUGACAACUCUGAUCUCAUUGCUGGGUAUUCCAAGACGGUGAUUGGGAGAUGCUUUAAUCCUCAAAUGCAGGAUAUGAAGUCUCUGCUUCUUAUGAUGCCGCGUAUUUGGCAGGUAGAGAGGAGGGUUGCAGGGGCUGAUCUAGGGUUCGGAAAGUUUCAAUUUGAUUUUGAAGAGGAGGCCGACAUUGUGGAAGUUUUGAAGAUGGAGCCGUUUCAUUUUGACUUCUGGAUGGUUUCCUUGGUUCGGUGGACACCUGUGGUUGAUCCGGCUUAUCCCUCAGCUCUGAAGUUCUGGAUCCGAGUCUCUGACGUUCCAAUCCAAUUUUGGGUUGAGCCCACUUUUAGGGAUAUUGGUUCUGAUAUGGGUGUGGUAUAGGAUGUUGAUAUCAAUAGAGGGAGGGUGCAAGUGACAAUCGAUGGUCUGAAGCCUCUAUGUUUUGAGAUAGAUAUCGAGUUUUUCAACGGGGAGGUCACGAUGGUAAAGUUGUUCUAUGAAAGGUUGUAUGGUUGGUGUAAGAAAUGUUAUAGUCUAUGUCAUCAUGAGGCGGUUUGCCCUCUAGUUGCGGGUCAGGGUUUGACUGGUAGUCUCGCUCAUUCAGAGGAGAAGUAGGACAAGGGUCAGCUUAUGAGCUACAAGGGGGCAGUUAUGGCAGAAGCGAGAAGGGGUCCUUCUAAUGGUGGUUCUUCCAAGAGUCACUAUAAUGGGUCGCAUUAUGGGGGCUCUAAAACCAGAGCAGAUCCUCUCCCAGGUGCUUCGUCUCGCAGAAAGGGGUCGUCCAAGGGUUCUUCUGGUUCGGGUUAUCCUCAGGAACAUCGGGGACGACAAGGUCUCUCUCGGGGACAGUCACGGCAACAGUUUGUUCCUGUCAUGCCACCGGUUUUGGAGGAGGUAGUGGGGACAUAUGGGGAGCACCCCAAACAAAAAUCUGCCAAGAAUGCGUUAUUUCAAGAAUCCAAGGUUGAGGAUGGGUCCACGAGUAGCUUUGGUCAAGAUGAUGAGGGUCUCUGUGAAGACAGUCAGAUCAUAGAGGUUACAAAUGGGGCCGCGGGAAAUGGUUGUUUAGGUGCAGAGGAGAUUCCUCCUGCUAUGGCUACGGUGGGUGUCAAUGUUGUACAUGAGGAAGCUGUUAAGGUGCAGAAGGAGGUUUUACUUGGUGAUACUAAUGUUGACAUGGUUGCGGAUGUUGCUGUGGGUGCUAUUGGUGUAGAGGUUCUGGAGCAAAAGGGUUUGGUCGAGGAUACCGUGAUAGCGGACGGUGUGUUUGAUGGAGAGGUGGGGAUGCACGAUACUGUUGCAGAGGGUACGGACUCAAGGGAGAUAGGUGAGGCUGAUGGGGAGCAGUUUGACAUGGAGGAAGAUGAUAUGUUGGAAGAGGUGGGGGAUGAUUGAACAGGUGGAGUCGGAUGUUGCAGGGGAUGCUUUGGUUUGUCUAGCUGGUCAUGACACACAAGCUGAUCAUGGCGACUCCAGCAUGGCGGUUUUAGGGGAGAAA